UUCCUUCCUAGGUUAACAAAAUUAAAUUUCAGUAUCGCUAAAAAUUGCUUACGCAUAUCAGAAGGCUAAGGGCACUGUCACUACCACUGCCACAACCGUUUCUCCACCACCCGCCGCGUCCCUCGGCGAUCCGACCCGCCGUAACCGGUCGCGUCCGCCGUAAAGCAACUAAGCACUCCGCGCUAUGGACUUCGACGACUUAGAAGAAGCGCCGGUGAAGGCCACUUCUCGAGUCUCCAAGUUCGCGCCAAAAUCAUCAAAGCUCAAACCUAAACCAAAAGCGGAACCUGGCCCCAAAACUGAACCUCAACCCCAACCCCAACCCGAACCAUCCAUCUCCAAACCAGAGCCUCAAGAAUUCGUUGCGACUGUCAAAAAGAACGAAGAUGGCGUAGAAACAGUGUCACCAAGUCAUAUAAAGCCCGAACUCAACACCGAUGUCCAAAUGGAAACGGAACCGAAAUCUGAACCCGAGGACGAAGCAGAAACAGGACGAGAUGAUCCCAUGGACGAAGAUACUCCCGAAGAUACAGUUGUACGGGAAAUUGACGUUUUCUUCACACCUUCUAUUGACGCCGAGACUCAGUUGUACGUUUUUCAGUAUCCCUUGAGACCUAGUUGGCGACCUUACGACAUAGAGGACAGAUGCGAAGAGGUAAGGUUGAAACCUGAGAGUUCAGAAGUGGAACUUGAUUUACCCAUUGAAAUGGAGUCAAGUAAUAUUGAUAGAGAGUUUGCCAAUAAAUACAACGUCACGAAGCAGACUUAUGCAACUUCCUGGAAGCCACCUCGUGCAGGUGGACGAGCUGCAACUGCUGCUGGGCUUCUUAUGGGAGAUAAGUUACACCUGCAUCCAAUUCAUGCAGUUGUGCAGCUUCGCCCAAAAUUACAGCAUCUGAAUUCUGGUGGUUCAAAAAGGAAGAACGUCACCUCUGCUGGGGCAAAUGCUACCGUCAAAACUGAGGGCUCAAAUGAAGAAAAGCCUGUUGCUACAUCAAAGAAGCAGAAUAAGCCAACUGAACCAUCUAUUGAGCAAAAGAAUGAGGAUGAUGAGAGCUGGCUUCCUCUUAAGUACCAUGGCUGCAAGAGUGAUAUCUCGUCUAGAUAUUUGGAGCAAAUGAUGGCACAAGAAAGUUCUCCAAUAGACUUCACAAUGAAAGCGUUUGAUUAUGUUACCGCACUGUGUCCUGGAGGGACUAGCAACAAUUUAUCAAAGGGUCCUUCAAAAAGGGAUCUACUAUCAUUACCCGUGGAAGAGCGACUUAAGAAGAUGCUUGAGACAUAUUCACCACAGCGUUUCAGUGCUAUAAAACACUUUGCACCUGAAUACUCCGAGGAGGAAAUUCUAAAAUUCCUGCAGCAACAUGCGCUGUUGUUGUGGGGACUAUGGACUGCAAAAAGUUCGUUGCUAUAUCCUAAUGGUGGCGCGGAAUCUUUGGCCAGAGAUUAUGUCUUACUAAUGUUUAGCAAGAAUUUGAAAGUUCAGUCUUCUGAUUUGAAUGUUCGAGGUGAACUUACUACUCACGUGAAGGAAUUCCUUAAGCAAUUUGGCUUGGAAACAGCCAAUCUUGAUAAAUCUGCUGGAGAACCAAAACCUUAUUGGAAAUUCAAAGAGCGUCCUGACGAGUCAUUCAAAAAACUCUAUCCAGAUAUUGUUGAGAAACAGGAAAGACUUUUCAAAGGUUUGGAACAACAUUUACCUGGUCUUGUUUCAAAUGCUGGAAAACGUAAAAUUGGUAAAAGUGCUGUAGCAAACCAAGGUGUAAACAAUGAGGCUCUUAAAACAGUAAGUUCUGAUCAAGGGACAACGAGUCUGGCUGGAGUGUCUACGGGGAAAAUGACCAUGUCAAAUGAAACCCGACAUGCUCUACCGAUUGCCCUCAAGAAGCUUUUUCAGACUAACAAAGUUUGCAGUUUCAAAGUGAUAUGCCAAGGAUUGCGCGAAAUGGCAGUUUCCAAAGCUAUGCUUUCAAAGGGAGAUUCUAAAAUUGCCGUGGAUGCAGCUCACAGUCUUGACGGUCCACAUAGUGAGUUAAUGGCAGUCAUAAACGAAGUUGCAUCUGAAAUCCAUGGACAUUAUGUGUUGAAAUCAUCACAAGAUGAUCCGUUCAGAGAUGUUGUAAUUGAUAUGCUUCGUGGAAGUGGACCCAAUGCCAAGCUCAGGAAGGCUGAGAUAAUUGAAGCUGCAAGGAGAAAACUUGGAAGAGAGGUCCCUAACAACGAAUAUAACAAGGUGAUGAGUGAGUUAUGCGUUUCAAAAGGUUCUGUUUGGGUCUUGAGAAACGGUGAUGGAAGUAACCAAUGAUUGGGUUUUUGUUCGUCCACACGAAUGGAACUCGUAAUCAUUUGCUUUGCAGAGCUUAUUGGUAAUAGUCAUUAUUCUCAAAUGUGCAAAUCUUUUCCACCUUUUUAGCUUUAGAUAGGGAGAUAAAAUAGUUAUUUUAACCAAAAAGAAAAGGAUAAGAAAUUGGAUGAAAGAAAGAUAGGAAUGCCCGAAGAUUUUACCUUCACCUAUUUAUGAUUAUUUUUUUUCUGUUUCUAGACUAGAUGAAUUUAUACACGCUGCUGGUUUCACUUGAGAUUAUCUAAGGUUAUCGUUAACCCAAAUUCCUUUAAAUUAUAUUAAAGUGAUAUUCAUCCC